AUGAUUUCUAAACCUCGAUCCAUUAAAGGUCCAUGGACCCCAGAGGAGGACCGACAACUUCGGGCACUAGUCAAUGAGCUGGGUGCCGAAAAAUGGGUAUUGAUUGCAAGUCGAUUGGGUUCUCGAACUGGUAAACAGUGCCGAGAGCGAUGGCACAAUCAUCUUGAUCCUACAAUCGACAAGUCACCAUUCACACCAAAGGAGGACGAGCUCAUCUUCAAGCUAUUUGCGCAAUUGGGCUCCAAGUGGGCUGAGAUGUCUAAGCUGAUGCCCGGGCGGCCCGACAAUGCUAUCAAGAACCACUUCAAUACUUCUAUGCAACGCAAGCGUAGGAGACUCAGCUUACAAGACCCAUCUGGUAAUAAAAGCGUCAAUUGA